AGUCGUUAUUUCGUUGAGAUUAUUAUUUUGAAUUAUAUUAUGACUGAAAACAAAACAAUCUCUAAAAUUCUUACAACUUUUGAAAUAAUUAUAUUAAAUUUCAUUUUGUAAGUAAGCUAAAAUGAUGUCAAAUAGAUAUGUUACUGGACAAUCUUCAGCUAUACGAAAAUCAAGACUGGAAGGCAAGCCAUCGCUACUACCGAAACCACGACGUCCCGGCUCUACAGACAGGUUGUCAACUGAGGCUCGUCGGCCAUCAACCGCAGGACAUCGUUCUAGUAGCGCAGAGCCCGCGAGAGGAACUUUCGGGGCUCGUUUGAGCAGAGAGGCUUCUGCUACUAAACUACAGUUAAAUGGGAGGUCAAGGUCUCAGACAGGGGAGUCAAGAUAUGGACAGGCUACCACCACACCUCUUCGAACGACACAUUACUCUAGACCUACCACUACCCCAGUGAGAACACCAUCGGAGGACCGCUCGAGUCGCAGCUGGCAGACGUCGCUGGAGCGCGCCCUCGCGUUCGUCACGAUCAAGGACCAGCGGCCGCUGUCGAGCGCGGCGUGGCAGCGCUCGGAGUGCGCGCGCGUGUCGGAGGCGCUGUGCGCGCGCGGCGCGGGCGCGGGGCUGCUGCGGCCGCUCACCAUCGCGCGCUUCGUGGACGUGGUGGGCGCGCUGCUGGCCGCCGUCUCGCGCGACGCCAAGCUCUCCUCCGACAACUACGUCACCAAGCUGCCGCACCUGUCCAAGCGGCUGCUGUACCCGGGCGCCGUGUCCAAGUCGUGGCUGCGCACCGUCAACACGCUGCACGCCUUCCCGCACGCGCUGGCGCUCAUCGCCUACCUGCUGGACCUCGUCGCGCACAUCGAAAUGCCAGUUCUAGAUGAAUGGCUCUAUGUUGGGAAAGAUGAGUUGGCUUGUCUUCGACGCGACUACCUUUACAAGUGCUGGAUCAGGUUUCAAGAUCCAGGACAUCAGUUUGAAGAUUUGAAUGAGGAUUACUUGGAGAAUCUGAAAUUACUCCUCGGAAACGAUGAGGAGAAAAUAGCGGAGUUGCAGCAAGUUAUCAAAAAGUACGAGACGUGCCUGGAGGACGAGGCGGAGAAGAGCGCGCGCGCGGACGAGCAGCGGCGCGCGGCGCGGCGGGACGCGCUGCUGGCGGCGCUGCGGGCAGCCCGCGCCGCGCGCCGCCAGCAGGCCGAGCGCGCGCACGAGCAGCGCGACCUGCGCCUGCAGCACGCCGACGCCGCGCGCCACCUCGACGCGGACGUGGAGCGCGCCGGCGCCGAGCUGGAGCGCGUGCGCGCCGAGCUGGACGCGCAGGCGCUGUCCGUGGCCGAGCGCGCGCGCCUGCUGGACGACGUGGACUACGCGGCGCGCGUGCACGACUCCAAGCGGGCCUUGGCCGACCAGAUCGCGAAGAUGGUGAUGAGUAAGGAGACGGAGCUGGCGCUGUGGCAGAAGAAAACGUUGGACAGCUGCGUGGAAUACAAGCAGGGACUCAUACAUCUCUCCGCGCACCUGCCCGAGCUGGCCGGGCUCGCCGUCGACGAGAAAGAACUUAUGGGAGCGGAGUGCGCGGCGCGACUGUGCGAGGCAGUGGAGGCGCUACGCGAGCAGGCCGCACGUCUGUCCGCAGCACGCGCCGACUGCGCACGCGCACGCUCCGCGCUCGCUCGCCGACGCGCACUGCUGCUCGAGGAGGCUCGCACAAAAAUUGCAGAGAUGAAAUCGAACGUUCAACGCGAGCAACAAUCGCUGGACGCAGAAUUGAGCAAGGAGGCUUCUGAAGCUGCCGCUUGGACUGCCGAGGAAUUGGAGGUCGCCGAAAGGCUGGAGAAGCUGCGGGGAUGUCAAGAGGAGUAUGCGAGAGUAGACAGCGAACUGGAGUUCUGGGAAAAGCAGGAUUUGGAGUGGCGCACGCGGCUGGCUGAGAUGGAGCAGUACAUCGCGAGCCAGAGGACCGAAAGCAAGCGCCUGCUGGAGUGCGCGCGCGAGCGCCGCCUGCGCCGCGUGCUCGGCGACCUCGCGCUCUGGAACGACAAGCUGGGCCGCGACUGAUGCUACUUGUGCGACGACUAGUUGAUAUCACCAAAUGUUUAUAUUAAGGUUACAUAAUCUUGUUUGCGUAAGUUGUUAAUGAGAAUCGUUGAGCUGAUUCGACGGGAAAAAUGUUUAUUUAAAAUUGAAUAAUGUAAAUAAAUAAUUAAUUGUA